AACUUGGGGGAGUUAAUCGUUUUUUAAGAAUUCUUUCACAUCUUUCUAUUAUUGAAGAAGAUACUGAAGAAGUAAAGGUAGGUGUAGAUGUAGAUAAAGAAGAAGAAAUAGAAGAUGAUACUGAUGACAAGGAGGAGGAUAAAGAUGUGGAUUGUGCAACUAUUAUCACAUAUAUAUCAUAUUUUUCAGGUAAAUUUUGUUCAGAUUUAACCAUGGAAUUAGCUUUAGAAAUGGUCAUAGCAUCGUUGUCAUCAUCAUCGACUAUUUAA